GCUUGCCUGUGAUUUGAUCUCAAUGCCGGCGGUGAUGCCGUUGCGGCGAGCAACAACAGCCGCGACAUGCAUACCCACGAUUUUGCGACUCGGGUCCGCAGAGAUCUGUCAAGGGGCCCGCCGGGGCAAUUCCCGCAUCUGCACUACAGGCAUCUGCGCCGCCUCAGAUACUUCCUAUCUCAGGAACGGCCUAUCGCCUGAGCUGUCCGCGGGACCCUUCGCUGCGUGUGCCCCAUGAUCAUCCCAAACCCCCCUAAACCACCACCCUAUGCAUAUAUCAUCGGCGUUCGCACCAGCUGGCCGCGCAACCAGCAGAUAGUACGAGAUAGUGCACAGCACCACAGCACCACAGCACCACCGUACCACCACCCGUCCAUCCACGGCGGCGACUUGGCUAGCUGCUUCCUCAGCAAACCCGUCCGAUUGCUUGGUUUCCUCGGCAGAAGCCACGACGCGCGCUGCGUCAGCCAAGAUGCAUAUCCAAAAGGAAGAAGCAGAGAAGGCCGCAGGCAGCGCAAACAUGCCCCUGACCCCGCCGAAAACUCCUGGUCCCACCACUCCGCCGCCGAGGGAUCCCGCCUCGCCCGCCGCCGAAACAGAGCAGCCUGGCUCUCCUAGGCCCUCCCAACUUUCGGCGCGCCAGGGAUACCUGGACUCGCUCACGCCUCCGUCCCCGGAUGAGUUCAGCCGCAUUGACCAGGUCCAAUGCGGCCGCGAGCGUGAGCAUAGAUCCAAGUCACGCAGUCCCAGGCACAGCCCAGCGCCGAUGUCACCGGUGGGCGGAACAGCUCGGUUCGAAUCCCCGACAUCACCCGUCUCGGAACGGCGCGGUCUUCGGAGCCCCCGUGAGCCGAGAACCCCUUCCGAGCGGCCAGCGAUCCUCGAGGAUAUCAUGUUUACUCGUGCUGCCGCCUUGAUCCAACGCACUUACCGUGGCUACCGCGUACGACGCCAGAUGUCUGGUCUCAGCAUCGACGCCGGCACUCGCUGGACUCAUGCCAUUCGCGAGACUCGCUUUCGCCAAAUCACUCAGCCACGGCCCCGUGUAGAGGCGAUGACAAGCCCUGUGCUGUCCACAUCCUCCGGAGCAGGUCCUGUUGGCGACACUGGCACGGGGAGCCGCAAUAGUGACGGCCGGUCAGCAGCAGCCAGACAGAACUGGAGAAAGGCUGCUGUCGUCGCACAGAGGGCCGCGUGCGACCAGGAUUCAGAUUCGGUGGACGGACUGACUGACUCGGAAGCGACGCAUGGCUCUGGUUCAUCCCACAGCAACACCACCCAGGGGCAGGACGAGACUGCCAAGAAGCACAGAGAAGAUAUCAAAGCCGAGCGACGGAAAGGAGCACAGAUGAUGGGGCUGCAGUACUUCCUGGAGUUGGUUGAUGUCAAGCACCGUUACGGCUCCAACUUGAGAAGUUACCAUGAGAUAUGGAAGAAAAGCGACACGCGCGAAAACUUUUUCUACUGGCUGGACUAUGGUGAAGGACGCCAGCUAGACCUCGAGAAUUGUCCGAGAGAGAGGUUGGACAGGGAGCAGGUGCGAUACCUCAGUCGAGAGGAGCGCCAGUAUUAUCUGGUCACAGUCGAUGCCGAAGGACGCUUAUGCUGGGCAAAAAACAACGCUCCCAUCGACACGACAGAAGAAUGGAGGGACUCGCUCCAUGGAAUCGUGCCGAGAGACGACGAAACCCCAGAGUUUAGGCCGGCCAUGGCAGAGCACACGACGCGCUUUCUUGGCAACAGCAGUAACGCGGAGAGCAGCAGUGAUAGGGACUCUGACGCUGAGCUGGAGGCGGCACGAGCGGCCAAAUAUGCUACCCCGGGGCUGGACGAGGCCCAAGGGCUGCAGAAGGUGCGGCACGUUUCUGCCGCCACCAUAUUCAACAAGCUACUCCGAAAGUCGGUCAAGAAGAACACGUGGAUCUUCGUGGCCGACACUUCGUUCAGGUUGUACGUCGGCAUCAAGAACUCGGGCGCAUUCCAACACUCGUCGUUUCUCCAGGGAAGCCGAAUCUCGGCUGCUGGAUUGAUAAAGAUCAAAGACGGCAGACUCAAGUCGCUGUCGCCCCUCAGCGGACACUAUAGGCCGCCAGCCGCCAACUUCAGAGCGUUCGUCAAGUCGCUCAACGAGACGGGGGUUGACAUGAGGCACGUGUCAAUUUCGAAGUCUUAUGCCAUCUUGGUGGGCCUGGAGGUGUAUGCGAGGACCAGGGCGAAGAGCAAGAGCAUCGUCAACAGGAUGGCUCACGGCAAAGAAAAGAUUGUGGCCCCAGAGGAGGUUGCUAAGAGGGAGGAAGCCGAAAGGGACAAGACCGAGUCGGCGGCCAAGGAGCGGGCGGUGCUUGAACGAGAAGCCAGGGAGAAGGCAGAGAAGAGGCCCCUGGCGCAGCUGAUGGGGAAGCUUCAUCUGAACCAUCAUGAUGGUAGUGAUAAAUCGGGAGGGAAUGCAGGACCUCCUCAGAUGGUGGGUGCAGCUCAGUCUAGUUAGAUAUACCCCCAUGGUUUUGAUUAAUGAUUACUUUAAUCUUUGAUGCAUUUGAAAGCUGCACGGAAC